CAACCCUACUAUUCCCCGAUCCCAAAAUUCCUCCAUGCCACUGCUGAACCCCCUCGUGAGGGGGAAUCUGGGGGGUGGCCACCCCAAAACUGCGGUCCCGCUACCCCCCAGUGCCGCUAUUCGGGAUCCCUCAUUGUGUAAUUCCAACCAUUUCUGAUUCCCGGGGCGGGGAGGCAGGAAACGCCCCCAGGAACCCUCUGGGGGGGCGAUCGGGGGUUUGUGGGACACAGGGGACACCCCGCAGCCCCGAUCCCGCCGUCCCCGGAAUCCCUGGAUGCCGCUGCCCAGCCCUCCGCCCCCGUUGCGUAAUUCCAACCAUUUUUAAUUCCCGGGGGGGCAGGAAACGCGUCGCUGCCGUUACACAAAGCAGGAAGCGUUUUUUCCCCGCUUUUUUCCCGGCGGCGCAUCCGGCGGGGAAUGGGAUGACGGGACCUUCCUGUUGCCGGCCCCGCGCCCGCCCCGCAGCUCCGAGCCCGCCGGGACCCCCGGAGCCGCCCCCGGGCCCCUCCGGAGCGCCCCCGGCCCCUCCCGCAACGCGGAGCCGCCCAGCCCCCCCGGGAGCCCCCAUGGAGCAGGAUGAGCCAGACGUGGUGGAGCUGCAGGACUCGGACGAGGGGGACGUGGUCCGGAGGGUCUUCAUCGCCGACGAUGGCAUCGUGAGCGACGGCGAGGCCGAGGUGCUGCCGCACGAGAUCAUCCGCACGGUGAUCCCGCACAGCCCCCUGCGCCCCGCGCCGCCCCGAGGGACCCCCGGCCCGGCCCCGGGGGGCUCUGAGGAGGGCGGGGGGCGGCGGGGCGGGGGCCGCCAGCGCCCCUUCAUCUGCAACGAGUGCGGCAAGAGCUUCAGCCACUGGUCCAAGCUGCUGCGGCACCAGCGCACGCACACGGGCGAGCGGCCCAGCACCUGCGGCGAGUGCGGCAAGAGCUUCUCGCAGAACUCGCACCUGGUGCAGCACCGCCGCACCCACACCGGCGAGAAGCCCUACAGGUGCGGCCACUGCGGCAAGAGCUUCUCCUGGAGCUCCAACCUCAUCCAGCACCAGCGCAUCCACACCGGGGAGCGCCCGUACGGCUGCGCCGAGUGCGGCAAGAGCUUCACGCAGAGCAAGAACCUCAUCAAGCACCAGCGCACCCACGCCGGGCCGGGGGCGGCGCGGCCGCGGCGCUGCGCCCACCCCGCGGGCGCUGCCAGGGCGCUGAAGGGGCCGCGGGCGGGGGGCGAGGGCGAGGGGCCGGCGGGCGGCGAGAGCGGCCGCGGGCAGGAGCCGCUGAUCUGCGUGGAGUGCGGCGAGAGCUUCGCCCGGAGCGCCGCGCUCAGGAGGCACCGCCGGGGCCACCGCCCGCUCUUCGUGCCCUGAGGGGACCUGGGGACACUGCAGAGGGCGCAGGGACAGUGGGACUCUGCCCCCGCUCUUUGUGCCUCGAGGGGCACGGGGACAGUGGCACCGAGGUGUGGGGACACAAGAACUGUUGGGGGCACCGCCUGCUCUGUGCCCUAAGGGGAACCCCGCCGUGGUGACACAGGGACAAUUGGACAAUGCUCCGGCUGUUGCUGCCCUGCGGGGACACGGGGACACGCAGACUGUGGGCCACCCUGGUGAGGGACACAGGGACUGUGCCACAGACAGGGCACAUCGUGUCACCAUGCCAGGGGACACACGGAGUGUUUCAUGGGCAGGACGUGGUGACUGACCUGGGGUCACACGAGUUGUGGCACAGGUUUAGGGAUUUGGUGACACCAAGCUGGGAGACAGUGGGGGGUACCUGGACUGGGACAAGGACAGAACACGGUGACUCCAAAGAGGGGGGACACACGGACAGGACAGUGACACAGAGCUGAUGUCCCCAAGCCCACCCCGUGCCCUGUGUCGCCCUCGGUGCUGCUCGCUGUCCCCUGUCGGUGCCACAUCCCAGAGCUGUAAAUAGGGGAAGGGGGGAGGGACACGAGGGUGGGACCCCGGGGGCGGGAGGUGACACCGGGACGCCCGUGUGGGGGUGGGGACUCGGGUGGGGGGAGGUGACAGCGGGACCCCCCUGUGUGGUGGGGAGAGGGCAUGGACGGGGCCGGGCUGUGAAUAAAGUGUG